AUGCUCUCCACACCCACACUGAUCUUCAUGGCCGUCUUUAGCCUGUUGUCAUUGGCUGCCAUGUUGCAGAAUGGCUUUGUGGUCGUGGUGCUGGGCAGAGAGUGGACCCAGAGCCGGGCACUGCCAGCAGUGGAGAUGAUUAUGGUGUGUCUCACCUCAUCCCGGUUCUGCCUUCAUGGGAUAGCCUUGCUGAACAACUUCCUGGCCGCCUUGGGUUUCUGUUACCAAGCGAACUUUGUGGGCAUCCUCUGGGACUUCAUGAACACGCUCCUGUUCUGGUUAACCGCCUGGCUCGCUACCUUCUAUUGCGUGAAGACCUCCAUCUUCUCCCACCCCGUGCUCUUGUGGCUCAAGGGGAGGAUUUCUCAGUUAGUACCCAGACUCAUCGUGGCCUCCCUCAUAAUGGGUGGCAUUUCAGCCAUCAUAUCGGCCGUCGGGAAUAUCAUUGUCUUUCAGAUGACCACCUCCCAGGGUUCCCAUGGGAACUGUACCUUUGGUCACAGGACGGUGGCCUUCUAUCAGUACUAUAAUCAGUCCCACAUGAUGCUCAUGUGGCUCACUCCCUUUGUCCUGUUCCUGCUGUCCAUAGUCUUCCUCAUGUGCUCACUGUACCGGCACAUGGGCCGGAUGAGGAACCUCAGGCCUGGGCUUUGUGACCCCACCACCCAGGCUCACACCAUGGCUCUGAAAUCACUCGCCUCCUUCCUCAUUUCCUAUACAUUUUUUGUUCUGUUCCUGAUUGUUUCUGCCACAAAGCGCAUCACCAUGCACAGUCACUGGCAUUGGGCCAGGGAAAUCAUUACCUACACAGGCAUCUUCCUGCAUUCUGUCAUCUUGGUACUCAGUAGCCCCAAGUUGAGAAAGGCCCUGAAGGACUUGUGUACUGGGAGAUUAUGGGCUUUGAAGGCCUUGGACAAGGGUGUUUCUGUCCUCAAGUGA